CGAUGCAGUAGAUUUGCGCUGUAUUCAAUUCCGUUAUCGCGCGACCCCGAUGACAUUUCCAGGGAUCCGGCGAGGAGGAAGGCGCAUGCCUCCUCGUCGAGCACUCUGUCGAGCACGCAGCGUGGCGACGGCCCUGCUCGCCGCGGUGAUACUCUUUGACAUCCAACAUGGCCACCUGAUGUCUAGCAGACGAUAUACACAGGUGGCAUGGGAGAGCUGUAAAUAAAAUCCACCUUCUAGAUUUAAUUAUGAGCGGACGUGUGCAGAAGGAUAGUGCCGAUGACUCCGAUCACAUUGACGAUGCAGUGGACCCGCGGGUGCAGAUUGAACUUGAGAGAUUGAACACAGCUACGGAUGAUAUUAAUAAACUAGAAGUUGAUUUAGAUGAAGCAAGAGCAACCUUUAGAGAAUUACUGUGUGAAUCAACAAUCAAGAUUGAUGCUCUGGCCAAGAAGCUUGGAAGUUGCAUCGAAAAAUCUAGACCAUACUAUGACUCUAGGUUUAAAGCGAAGGAGGCAUUUCAAGAAACACAUAAGGCUGCGAUUAGAUUUGAGAGAGCCAACAGUCAACACGCGGCAGCUAAAGAAAUGGUUUACUUAGCCGAGGAAGGACUUCGGACCGAAGGAAGAUGUUUUGACCACGCCUGGCAGGAAAUGUUGAAUCAUGCUACGUCACGAGUUAAUGAGUCGGAGCAUGAGAGAGCUCUCUCUGAAGCGGAGCACAGGCACACGACGGCGUUAUAUCAUAAAGCGGAACACGAAGUUCAAAGGUUGCAGCGCGAAUUGAAGCGUAGUAUUGCCAAAUCUAGUAUGGGUGCACGCCGCAGCUUGCUUCUGAUAAACAGUAUCGCCUACAGGCACAACUUGCUCAUGUUGCCUUACUAUGAGAUGAAGGCGCACUUUAAUCAAAUGCUGGAGGAGCAAAAGAUGAAGGUUAGUGCGCUGGAGAGAUCAGUUGGCGAAGCGAAAGCCUCGUACGCGGCAGCGUUACGAAAUCUAGAAAAGAUCAGCGACGAGAUUCACAGGACAAGAAGAUAUGACGGUACGGACGAAUACGAUAAGAAUUCACGAGACGCGCCCGAUCGCUCCAGCGGGCAAAUUAACACGGCGACACCAACGGAUUCCAGCGUCACUGGAUCCCCGGACAGCACGGAUUACACUAGCGAUGAAUAUUUACGCCUUCCCGACAAGAUAAGUCCAAAUGUGCCAUGUCCUAUGCCUACAAGAAUCGACAGAGAUUCAUCGUCGGAGUACCUGGGCCUAAAUAAUCUAAACCUUUCAUCUACCGAACCUCGUAAAUAUAUAAAACGCGACCGUCCACGGAGCAUCGCAGCGAUCGACUCGAAACAUAUCGUACCUUUAAAUCACACAAGUUCUUCUGCACCAGGCCUGACGGAUCUGUCAGGCAUUAUAUCUCCUCCAGUUGAGAAGAGAGUGAAAAUUAAGACGCCCGUAAACGACCGCAAGAAUAAUUCGACGAAAUCUCAAAAUGGAGAGGAGUGGACGGAAAUUAGUUUGAAUAAUUCGCCGGAUGAAGUUUAUUACCGCAAUGACGUCUAUUCCGACGAGGAAGAUCAAAUCCCCUACAAACCGCUACCGAUGGAUCUGAGUCCGGAACCUACUCAGACGUCCACUGUCGAGCCAUCGAAAGAACAGAUCAAUCGAAAGAGAUUAGUAACGCAAAAAUCUUUACCUACCAUGUCGAAAGUAAACGAGGUUACUUUAAGCGAAGAGAAGAAGGCCGAAGUUACAAGGAGUCCAUCGGUGAAAAGUAGAAGCAAGCUCGAUAGUAGCUUAGCCAAUUGGAUAACUAGAAGUUCAGCCGGCGGUGAAGCUAGCGGUGGUAGUUCCACAAAUUCAAGCAGGAGACAAUCUCUCGACAUGUUAUGGAGCGCCGGUACUGGGGAACGCGUUAAGGAAUUACUCAAUCACGGUAUGAUGAUGCUAAACAUAUCUAGUUUAACGGAACGACGUUCUAGCGAACCAAAGACGGUGGAGAGAGACAAGGACAAGUCUGAAAAGUCCGAAAAGUUGGAAGCUAAAGGCAAAAAGGUCCCUAGUCCGUUAGAAAAAACGAUGAGCUAUCUCAAUGCCGACGAGGAAAUAUCGGAUAGCGAAAGUUUAGCAAGCGUGGAGAUGCUAACGGAAGAUCAGAUCUCUUCACUCAUGAUGGAACCGGAUAUGAACCAAGUAUGCCAAGAGAUUCUGGGAACUCCCUUAGUUGAAGUAUGUCCGCUGUUGCAACAGUUGCAGCAACAAUAGCCUUAUCGCGGCGGAAUUUACACGAUAAAGCGGCAAAGAUUCAACAACAGAAAGUGUUCAAGUUCGUUACAAUAUGGUAACAUAAUUAAGUUACAAUUCUUUUCCGUUAAGCUACUGUACACUACCAUAUUAUGUUUCUGUCUAUUGCGUGUCGCAAAAACUCAUAGAUUUUUCUAUUAUGUGAUAUAGGGCAAAGGUUGUAUUCCUAAGCAAUCGUAAAUUGAUUGCGCAGAGACGUUUGGGUGUUUUACUCGUUAUAUUAGAAAAGAAAUAUUUAUGUGCUUAGUAGGGUUAUAAUCGGUUGAGGCUUUCAGUCAAUUCACAGAACUUGCGUUAAACGUAUCUCUCAUUACCUCCUCGGGCACUACGAAGCCUAACGUCAUCUUUUAUUGAUACGCUUACACGAUAUCUCAGCUUGAGGGACGUUUUUUCGAAUUCUUAUUCUUAUGAAAUCUUUCUAACAUUUAGAAUUUGGUAAUACUAUGGAAACGUCAUUCGCUAAGAAAGCAAUAUGUAGUUACUUUUUUAGAGGACAUUGUGUAGUUUAAUCUAGAUACUCGUACACACACAAAUUUAUUCCGAGUCGCAUCGACUAUUUUUUGCUUGCCUUUACAUGCGACUGUUAUCACGUUAAAGUCUCUCGGAGCAUUUGACAAAUAUAUUAGAAUACUGUGCUAUUACAGCGAAAUAUCAAACAAUUUAGACAAAUUAGGUGAGCGAAACAACAGAGCUACGUUCGCCUACGUUCGAAAAUUACCAAUUACGAUAAGCACUUUCUUGUCUCUUUCUCUCUAUCUAUCUAUUUCUCUUUUUCGUCAAAAUACGAUGCGUUAAGUUACUCGCGAAGCGUACAACCGAAAGAAAAGAGAACCUAUAGAAAGUUACAAGAUGCCAAUUAUGACUGUGACAGUCAGAUUAUCUCUAAAACGCGGAACGAACUGUACAUAUAAGCGUAGCAUAAUAAUACAAUUCUAAACGUGUACAAGUCUGUGUGCGAAACGUACUGUCAACAUCGCAAAUAUUCCGAAAAAUUUAUUCGUUUUAGAUUUCAUUACGCUAAUUUGUUACGCGAAGAUCAGCCAUACGUUCGAUCGGGGACAGCACGUUUUGGGCGCAGAUCGACGACUUACACGCGUCGCUUCGACAAGUCAUGCUGUUUCACGUAACGAAGCUUCGCGACGUAAAUAAGACGAUAGCAUUCACCCCAGCCAGGUUCAGCAGGAUAUUUUUCAAUAUUUUUCGCUGCGACGCGAUAGAGACGACGCGUGCCUAUCGAAUGGAUAUCUCACGGCUGUUUUCCCUGCUAGUCGCGUGCGAUAAGCGAGAAGCGUACGAUUCACGAAUAUUACAAAAAUUACCAAAUAGAGUGGAGUAGUCUGGACAGCCGAGUGAUACUCGAUCAUGAUAAUAAUAGAUCGGGGGUGCGUGUUCGAACGAAUUAGAUACUCGUGACGAGUAGGAUUUAAGCGUAGCUCCAUCAUUUUUAUUGCCGCGUAUUGUGAUAUAGCUGUUAUAGCGAUUUUAGACGUUCAGUUUUGGAUUAACCAAUCGUCGAACGAAGACAUUAGUGCAAAAAAUGCAUGCAAUAUACUAUUUAUAAAGAGUAAUAUAUACAUAUAUAUACAUAUAAUAUAAAUUAUUUAUAUAUAAAUUAAGUUAUAUACAUAUACAGAUCCUAUUUAUUUUGACCGUAACUUUCUGUAAAUCAGCGUUAAUUGACACUUUUCAUAUGCAGCGUUCGUCGAUUUUUAUAGGGACGGUGGCAAUUAUGCUUUUAAUUAAGGAUUGUUUCGUAUCACGCGACUCGACGGAAGAUCUCCCCUGGGUACGUCGCGUGCGCGUGUGCGACACAGUUUAAUUAUAAAUAAACAUCGCUAUCAGAUAUCGCUAUGAAAACGUUGCGUGUUAUGCGUAUACGCACUCGCACGCAGGUGCCAUUAUUGCCACCCUUCUGUAACAUAAUCCUAGUAGCACAUUGAUUUCAUAUGCGUUUUGUAAACGUAGAUAUACAUAGUUUCAUAAACGUAAAGAACCAAUAAGAAACGUUUCUGAAACCAUAAUUUAUAAAAUGCAAUUUUUAUGCUUCUAUAUAGCUGAGAAUGAUUUAUAUAAUGGUUUCAAAAACCAUUUUUGUCAAAUAAAAGAUAUUUCAUAUAACAUUUUUCGAGUGAACAUUUUAACUCGUAAGAAACGUUUCUAGAAUGUUUAAAACGUUUACAAAACGUUUUUGAAUCUAUGUGCUACAUGGGAAUCUACUCAAAGACUCAUGAUUGCGCCUUGGCGUUAAACUUGAAAAAAAUAAACAUGAGUCACAGACCUGAAUACAGGUGAGUUUUUUUAAUUUAUUGAUGGAUCAAUCGCAAUAUUUCAAAAUAAAAACUUCGCUUAAGUCUUCAAAUUUUCGGUAAGGUCUGGAGGGAUAAUAUAAAAGAUAAUAAUAGAUUCCUGUAUUGUAAGAAAAAUUAUUUUAAAUUUUUGGAAGAUUAUCAAAUUUAUCAAAAUAUGUGAUUUGAUUUAUAUCUCGAGUAAUUCGUACGUUUCUAAAAUGCAUCUUUGCCCUGCACUAAGAAAAAAGUUUUUAACUUGCCUAAGUUUUUCAACUCGAUUAAAUUUUUUCAGUUUCAUUAUUUAUGUAUUUGACUUGAAUACACAAAAUAUUUGAAUUUUAUAUAUUUAAUUUAAAUACAUAAAUACUUGAACUGAAUAAAUCCAAUCAAAUUGAAAAAUUUAGUCAAGUUAAUAAUCUUUUUUUCUCAGUGUGCAAAAAUUAAUUUGCGCAUAAUGCGAUUGAUUAAUCGAAUUAAAAAAAACUUGCUUUACUUACACGUACAAAACGCAACGAGCCACGUAAAUCAGAAUCAUUUUAGUUGUUCGCUCGAAAGUAUGCCGUAAAAAAAAAAGUUAAUAAUGAUAACAAGACGCCAUGUUUAUUGUCCCGCAUCGGUCGUCUCUGUCAUCCGAUCUCAAUGAAUAUUGUUCUCGCGAAAAAGGUUUUCCGUUCGCAUUCUCAGAUUGUAACGAUGCAAUGAAGCAUGAAUGAAGAUUGCGGAAAUUUUGUUGGGGCGACACGCGAUUAUCGAGAGGGAUGAUGAUCGUCGAAAUUCCACAUAAUCAACUGCGUCGCCGCGCUCACGACAGGAAUUUUCUUCCGUCUCCCGCGUUUUUCGCAACGACGUUGGCGCGGCGAGCGUCGGGACGCGCACGGCGACAGCGAAUAACAAAUUGUACUGUACAAACCUAAUAUUGUAUAUGUGAAUGUAACUAUGUAUAUAUAUCAUUAUCCUCCAUUAAAACUUCAUUACGAAAAGCGUACGAA